AAAAUCGCGGGGGUGCUAGAUAACUAGCAAACCCCUGGUAUGUGUUCCAGAAAACUGACGCAAUACUCAAUACUACACCUUUGAACAAAACACAGUAACGUUGUUGAUGCCACGACAAGUCUUCUGAUUCCAUAAAGUCAGUUGUCAUUCGUUUUCGGCAGUUUUUUUAAUAUCAGUUAAACAAAUUGGUGAAAUGGAAAAAUGGGAAGGAAAAAAUGCCUUCAUCGCGGGUGCAAAUUCUGGAAUCGGAGCUGGCAUGACUAAACGAUUUUUGGAAGCUGGAAUCAGGGUGUACGCGCUAGAUAAAGACAUCGACAAUCUCUUCGAGAUGAAAAACGACGAAUGUGGAGAAAAUCUGACUAUUUUGCAAGCAAAUGUGCUGAAAGAAGAAGAAAUCGAACGUACCGUAAAAUGGUUGUCAGAAAAUGUCGAUGAAAUACACAUCGUCAUUUACUCUGUCGGUGUGAUUGGAAGUAGAUCGUUAACAGAAGGAGAUUUUCUCGAAUGGCAGAACAUGAUGAAUGUAAAUUUAAUCGGUUUAUGCAUUUGUAUGAAAGCCAUUACAAAUUUAAUGCUGAAACAGAAUGUCCAGAACGGACAAAUUGUUAUAAUGAGCAGUUCAGCGGCGAUAGAAACGUUAUAUUUGCAAGAAUUCAACUUUUAUGGUGCUAUCAAAAACGCGUGCGCUGCUGUAGCUCGAGGAUUACAGCGCGAGAUAAAAGAACGAAAUAGUUCGAUUAAAGUGACGACUCUUUAUCCGGGAUUUACGCGCACAAAGAUUAUCCAGAAUUCAUUAAAUUUGGUAGCAGACCCACCUGGUACCAGGUUUUUUGUGCUUUUAUCUGUGGAUGAUAUCGUGGCGGCGGUCGAUUAUGUACUGUCUACAAAAUCAAACGUUUCAAUAAAUCGUAUUGUCAUUACACCUCGUGGUUAUGUAAGAGAUGAUACGGGAACGGCUGCUUUUUUCCAACAACAACAGCAGCAGUAAAUACGAAAGACUCGUCGGAAAAAUAUUAAAAUUGGAAAUUUUACUAGACCAACGAUUUCACAAUAAGUAAAUUAUAUAUUUUCCCAGCACAUUUAAAUGUAUCAACUGUAUCUUGAAAAUUACAUUGAAAUAUUUUGAGAUUUA